CCUGUUUUGAUCAGCGCAAGGAACCUCGAAAGGGGGAAAGGAAGGGGGGAUGCUUAUAAAAAGUAUGAACAAAGGCUAUUUGGGGCGGUUUCGCCAUCACACUCAGCUGAAUAUGGGAGUGAUUAUGGGAGACCAAGGCAGCUUGGGCCUGAUUAGCAGACCCCAACAGCUAUACUCCAUCUUUUGGUAACUUCGAGACUGGAUAGUUGCAAUGUGCUCUAUAGCAGGCUACCCUUGAAGACAACUUGGAAACUUCCAACUGAUCCAAAAUGCAGUGGCCAUAUUACUGGCUGGGAUCCUAUUUAGAUUUCAUAUAAGCUGCUUUAAAACAGCUACACUAAUUCCCAGUUUAUUUCCAGGUCCAAUUCAAGGUGCCCCAAAUGGCUCAGGCCCCAAAUAUUUGAAAGGCCACCUCUUUCCCUACAGAGACUCUUGGGUGUUAACAGAAGUGCCCUCUUGAUAAUUUUGCAGCUUUCUAUGCUCCUAUGCACUGGAAAACACAUGAAAUGAUCAGCUUCAAAUGUUUAAAGCACUGGUCUUUAACUGGUGAUGUGGGGCUCACUGUAGUUCACCUCUUUCUCUAAAGUGGGUCAUAAGAUUGCUGUUACUUUUUUGUUUCUUUUAGCAAGGUGCCUACUUGACCCAAAUAAGGACAGGUGAUCUGUAACUUUAAUAAUUUAGAAAAGGGAAUUUCAGCUUGUCUUGCUUUCCCCACCUUUGCAUGACUAACAAAAAAAUGGAUGCGAUUUUAUAAAACCCCAAAAUUGCAUCUCAUGUUGCAAACUCUAGUUAAAUGUAUGGUCAGGAUUAUAUUAAGGCAGCAGCUCCCCAGAUUUUUUGGGACUCGAGUUUCCCUUACCCAUGACCACUGGCCAGGCUGAAGGGAGCUGGAAUCCCAUAAAAGCUGAAAACCCCCUUUAUCGAAAUAAGAAAUGCAUUGCUUCCCCACGCUUCCUGUCUUUAAAAACGAACAAACUCUGGCAGGCUUUCGCUUUCUUUUGCGGAUGUUUUUAAUGUGGCGCACUUGAUAUAUCUGCUGUCCCCGUUUCGCUUUCACAUCGGAUCGUUGUUUUAUACUGUUGUUUUUAAUCCUCAAGUUGCUGUAUUUUAGUUAUCUGAGAGAUGCGCUAUAGCAGCAGGCCGGAGGUUCGCAAAUAAAAUAAAGCAAUACUGUACAAGCAUUUUACUAAAAAAUAAAAAUAAAAAAAUGGCAGGCACUCAAACAGAUCCUGGCACGUGCCUUCAACAUCAUGUGUGAAAACGUCCCAAUGUGCGCGUCCAAGGCUUAUCCCGCCUUCCGCCCCGCUCCCAACGCGCGAAAAGAACGAACCCGUGCCCUCCCCGCUACUCAAAUGACGCACACACAGUCCCCGCCCUUCCCUCGUUGAUUCCGGAAUCGCGCUCACACACGCGCGCGCGGCCCCAAAUCCCUCCUCCUCCGCCCUCACGCCAAAAUAAUCGCGGAGGCAGCGUCCCGUGCCGCCUCCUCUCUCUUCUCUUAGCCAAUCAGAGUCCGUGUGCUGCGAGCGCCGGCGUCUCGGCUCCCCUUCCUCUCCCCCGCCUCCCCGCCCUCGAGAGGCUGUCUCGCGAGACUCGAGAGCCGGCUCUGUUCCUGGUUGGUGGGAUAGCGCUGAGAAAGCCGGGGCGGCAGCGGCGAGAGGGGGCCGUGGGAGAAGAAGAAGAAGAAGAAGAAGAAUAAAAGAAGAAGGACCGGCCCGAGUCGCGCGGAGCGAAACUAGCGGCGAGACCCGUCCUCAUAUAGACAUAUAUCAAUAUAUAAGCGGCGGAGUUUUCGAGCCAGGCCUCCUCUUCUCCCUCCGCCCGUGUGUGGACGGGGGUAUCCAUUAUGUCUGCGGCGGGGCAGGAGAACGAGAACGCCGGCUCCCUGCCUGCCGGCGCUUCGGUUCCCGUCGCGGAGAACGCGGGGGCGGGCGCCGCGGAGGGGCCACCCGGAGGAGACGCAGAAGGAGCGGUGAGGAAACAAAAAGGGAAACGGCGCCCGGAUGGGGGGGGAGGGGGGCAGCGGCGAAGGUGUGAAGCUCCUCGUCGCCGGUUCUUGCCCGGUCGGUGGGGAGGCUCUUCGCUGGCCCGCUCCGGCGGCGGGGGGGGGGGCAGGAGUCGCUGCCCCGGUCCAGUGCCGCCCCCUCAGCGCGCUUCUCCUUCGACCGAAGCGUCGGUUGUAGCCUCCGCGUCUCUCGUCGGCGGUGCCUCAGAGCGGCCGGGUUGGGCCCCAGCCGAGCCGCGUGGGGCUGAGACAAUAGCGAGGAGGAGGAGAGAGAGGAGGCGUAGGAGGAGCGGCUCCUCUCAGAAGCGCCUCGGGAAGCCCCGCCAACGUGCGUUGGGUGUUCGCGUCAGGAGCCCCAUGCGCGCGUCCCGCCCUCGCUUCCCCCCUCUGAGGAAGGCGGGCGCGUUGGUUGGCACCUCCAGCGACGAGACUCCUUCCUCCCGGAGGCGGGAUCCUCUGCUUCUUCUUUGCCGUGGCAAGCGGCCCGACAAAGCAAGCAACUGAGCGUUAACUGGAGGGGAGGAAGGGGGCGCACAGAUCCCUCCAGGGAAAGCAGCCUCCCUCUCCGCACACACCGCGAUCCCCUCAAACGGUCCAGUCCUUAAAGUUGUUUUUUUGUCGGAAGCGAGUCUCAAACAAGUGAAAUCAGGAUGGGCUACACACGAAAGUUACCCCACUCGCAAACUGGGUUGAUUAGUGAAUUCGUUGCUGCCAGUGCAGCAAGGGUUGUUUUGGUUCUGCGGUGGGGAUACGACACAAAAGGCCUGCUUGAUUUUUUUAGGUUGUUAUAGGUCUUUCAUGGUUUGUGUGUCCGGUACAAAGCCAGAGUAGUUGGCCUUCUAUUAGGAUACUUUGAUAUAACAAGUGGCCCAUCCUGCCCCGGUCAGAUGUUCUAAGGUGGAAUGGAUAAAAAUAGAUAUUUUGUGCCCACGAAAAGAAUAAAAAGUCAAUUGUAUGCAUUUACCCCACCACCAAUGGUAAUGUUGCAUACAUUUUCUUUUGUUUGGUACCAUGUUGUAUUAUCAUUUGUGCACCUGUUUCUAGUUUAUAUACAUUUUCCUAAUAUGGGGAAAUAUGGGACUGUUAAAGACCUGAUCCUACUGUUUUCAAAAGAACUUAUUUCCUGGUACUUGCAGCCUCAUAGUUUUGUCUUUGGUGUUUUUCUGUUCUGUUGUGUAAUCUUGCCUUAUAUAACUAUAUUGGUGGUUAAUAUACAGCAACAGCUAGUACACUAAAAGUUCUACUCAUACAGACAAACACAAAGGCUGCAAGUUGUUGAACCACCUGAUUUAAACAGGGGGGGUAAUAAUAGGUAGUGGGUGCCUUGUAUGGUUUCACACACCAUUGUGUUGUGAAGCUGAUCAUUUUACCUUUGUUAACGUGUGGAGGGACCAAGUGGGGAUGUUAGUGUUAAUGCUUAGGGUCCUUCACCUGCUGCGGCUCAGGAAUUUGUCUUAAGUUCCACAGCCAUGGGAAUAGGACAGAACCCUAAGGAAAAUCACUAGCUAAUGGCCAAAGUUCAAACAGGAAUCCCUCAGACCACCUUCUAGGUUUGCCCCUCCAGAAAGGAACAGAGCCAUUGUAAAAUAGUGCCCCCAAGUCCCAUCUCAGAAAGGUGACUCAGAAGGAUACCAUGAUUGAUGGUGUAAAAGCCACUGAAAGGUCCAGCAGAACCAACAGGGACAUACUCCUCCUGUACAGUUUCUUGCAUGUCAUCCAUGAAGGCGACCAAAGCUGUUUCUGUCCCAUAACCAGGCGUGAAACCAGUUUGAAAUGCUCCAAGAUAACCUGUUGAAUCCCAGAACCACUAGAGUUCAGAUACCACAACACACUCCUGUAUCUUGCCCUAAAAGGGGAUAUUGAAAACAGGCAGCUAAUUAUCCAGUAUGGUGGGAUUCAGGGGGAGGGCUUUUUCCAUUGAGGUUUUAUAACUGCCUCCUUUGGGCAUGCUGAAACCCUUCCUUGUUGUAAGGAGGCAUUGACCCCUCUCUUUACCCACUCAGCCAUUCCUCUACUGGCCUUUUUAAUGAGCCAGGAAGGCCAAGGAUCUAGCUCUCACAUUGCCAAUAAUCCUGUCCACAUCAUUGGGGUGUACAAAUUGAAAAGUAUCCAUGCUCACCCUGGUUAAAUACAUAUGUCAUAGGGAGGUAGUAUGCUGCAUAAUGGAGGUGCUGCUAUAUGCCUCCUUGAUGAGAGAGUGGUCCCUACAGUCCCUGUGGUCUUUUUCAAGUGUACCCUGUCUGCUCCUAAAGGUAGUCCUCAGUAGAUCCAACUGACUUUAAUAACUUCACACUAGUGUCAAUUCUUCCUUUAGAUAUUGGAAUGUGUAGUUGCUCUCAAAUGCCAGGGGUUCUUUGCACGAUACUGAACUAGAUCUGGUUUUAUAGGAGAAAUGGAUGGGAAAAGUCAUCCCUGUUGUCUCUUAAAGAUCUCCUCAGUGUCUUUCUUCUUCUUCAAAUAUAUAUCCAUGAUAACUUUUCCAGGUUGGAGCCAGGGAAGGUCUUAAAGUGAUUGGAGCAAGAGGUGGUGCUGAGUUCUACCCCAUGGUUGCUGGCUUGUGGGUUGUGCAAAUGUUCCUUUUUAUUUCCUGUGCUACAAAACAUGAAAUUGUUGGGUGAUAUGGCUUGGAGACCUUGGGUACAGUGAUAUCAGUAUGCUGCUAGUACUCAACUCUAACUGUUAUUGUUUAAUCCUGGGAAUGCAAUUGAAGAUUGGAUGAACAAACUGAAACCUAAUCCUGACAGGAUCUGGAUUGGGAACUGUUUGUUUGUUUGUUUGUUUGUUUGUUUAUAAUGCCAUCCUUCAUCUGAAGAUGACAGACGGGACAGUUUACAAGAUAAGGAAUUUUAAGAUUGUUUGUAACUUAAAUGCUUUAACAGGGAGUCAUUAUUCAAGCUAAAUCCAUUUCUACACCUUACCUCCUCAAUAUUACUUUUUUAAAAAAUUGACUGGGGCCACAGCUCAGUGGAAAAUGCAUUGCCUUGCAUGCUAGAUGUCCCAGAUCCAGUCUCUGGCAUCAAGCAGGGGAAUGCAGGUAGCAGAGCUGUGAAGACACACACGUUUGCACAUAAACAUGCACAGAGCACCUGGAGGGCUGUUGCCAGCAGGAGUAAACCUACUUAGUAUAGUUAGUGUGCAAUCUGUGUGGGAUGGGUUUACACUGCCCCUAAAAACUCAGGUUCAUGGCUGGUGUAGCAACAGUGACCAAUAGCAUUCUUAUUACUGUACAAACUUGGGUAUGCCCACUGGCUCCUUUUCUGGCCAUGGCAAUUCAUGUGUGAUGAUAGUCUACUUGGAUUACCAUAAAGUUCUUCAUGCAGGACUGUAUUUGAAGACUUCAUUGAAACUACAUCGGCUAAUUUAAAAACAAAUACACUGGAGAACUGGAAGUCAGUAAAUUAGCUUUUAAAUAAAAUGAACUCUUAUUAAUUAUUUUGUUUGACUAAAAUUUCCUUGUGAUCUGGUCAUUUUUCCUCUUAAAGUAAUACGUAUUGUUUUCUUUUCUGCCUUCCUUCUCCCCCCCACCCCCAGGUUAUAAUUUGCUUUCACUAAAUAGGCCAUAGGGAAAGAACAUGUUUAUAUAGGUUCUGAUAGCUAUAUAAUAAAUUUCACAUUGCACUGGAAAUACAUUGUAUUAUAAAACUCCCUAACUGCCUUUCUUUCCCAUCAUACUUGUUACCAUGUUACUAUAGUACCUGUAUUGAGUGGAGAAUUAAAUGCUGAAACGUACUAUCUACAAUAUUCUUCAUCUAUCAAUUUAAAAGUUACAAAAGGUCUACUGAAAUUUUCUGCAAUGAAUAAAUAAUACAUUAUAAAACUACUGUAAUGGAAAAAAUAUUUAGAUUAACAAUUUUCAGUAGAAGACCCAGUAUGAUCAGCAAUUUGAUGGUGAUAUAAUUCUAAAUUGGGAGAAAGGAAUAAACAUUGGACAGUCAACAUUAUUAAAAGGUACAUGAGAUCAAGACAACAAAUGUUAAUAUACCAUAUUUUCUGUGUAUAAGACUAGGUCCCCCCCCCCAAAAUAAUGUCAAAAAUCAGUGGGAGUCUUAUACACGGCUAAUGCAGAGGGUGGACUGGCGAUUGGUUGUUGUCCCCAAAAUGUUGUCUUAUACAUGGGGGUGUCUUAUAGAUGGAAAAAUAUGGUAGUUUGUCGUCUCUGUUAUUAGAUUGGGUAGGCUGUUAAAAAAUGCAGCUUGUCAUGAGAAACACCAUUUUGGGUUACCUGCUUCUUAAAUACUUGAUACAUUUGUGAAGUUUUGAGGUGCAGAAAGAAAACAAAGUAUCUCUUUUUAAUUUUUAUGUUCCAGGAUGUGGUUGAUGACGAAUCUCCAGGAAUACAAAAAGAGAACCAAGAACCAGAUCCUACAUAUGAAGAGAAAAUGGUUUGUAGUUUUAUACUAAUAAGGAUUGUUUAGAUGGUUUAGAAGAUUGAUAAAGAUGUUAAUCUCUUCUUGUCUGAGAUUUCACAUCACAAUGCAAAUAAGAUUGCAGAAAAUAUUGUUUAUUCUACUCACUUGCCUUGUGUGCUACAGACCUCUUUUGUUUCUCAUUUGUACCUUUUGCUUCUCCAUGGCCUCCCCCACCUUGCACCAUUCAUAGACUCGAUGUGGUAGGGACAGUUGUGGUAAUAACAAGAGAUGCUUCCACAAGUCGAGUGCAAUUACAUCCUGGUCCCCCUUCUUAUGAACUAGGAAUUAGUUCGUAAGGGGAAAAGGACAGUUGUGAAACGUGACUUGGCACUUAGGUAGGUGAUAGUUUUUGAAGGGCAGUGAUGUCUCCACCUGGUUUUCUCAGUACCUAUUACCUUAAGAAUAAAAGGCUCUGAAAGAAUGGAGAGAGCCAGGUGGGACCACUGCUGAUGCUUAGAGACUAAAUAGCUGCUUAUAUGUCAGGCUUGGACAUCCUUUCCUGCUGCUCUCUGCUUUCUCCUGUCCUCCCACCCUGUCUUGUCAGAAGGGUUGAAAGACAACUUGCAUGACAGGGACUUCCGAUAUUUGCUGUCUUCUGUGCGUAUCUGCCUGAGAAACAGAGAAGUAACAGCCAGACACUUGAGUAUCCUGCCAUGUUUCUAAACUUGCAAACAUUGUAGGACAUCCAGACAGCUUUCAUGUUAUCCUUCUCUAUUAUUCUGCCAGCAGAGAGUCAGAAAAGAAGAAAGUAUGUAGUCUUCUAGUCUUAAAGAACCAGUUGCUAUGUUCUCUAUUUGCAUACCUGUUUCAUCUCAUGGUCUAAGCAGUUAAUAUUUGCUGUGUGGAAAUAUCUGCUACCUCCUUUCUCCUGACUGGAGGAGGCAUUCUUUCUUUGGAACAAGAAUUAUAAAAUGCAUACAUAUAAUGUACCUGGCACAGAAAUGAAGUAAAAUAAUUAUUUGUAAAAUAUUUCAGAUAAUGACUAGCAUUCCUACUAGCAGUGUGGUUGCGCAUCUCAAGCCUUCAGCAGUUAGAUUAAAUGUUCAUUUACAUCUUUACAACUCAGUAGAUAUUAGUGUUUUUUUAAAAAACAAACCUCUGUACUUUGCUCAGCUACUCUUCAACCUUGCAGGGUUAAUUAAAGAUAAAAUUUGCAUCUCUCCCCCCCCCCCCAGUAGAAAUAUUGACAACCAUGUUAUAUUUCUAACCAUGGCAAUGAACUUGAUGUCAAAAGAGUUGUCUUCAGAACUAGGGUUGAAUGUUCAGUGUGUGUACAUCUUUAGAUGUUCUUAGCCUAAACAGGAAGGUUGAUUUUAGAUGGGGCAAUAUGUAGUUGAUUCUGACAUGCUGAAAGCUAAUGUAAUUCUAGAAUCCUGCUUGCAUCUUUGCUUAUAUUUUUCAUUCUUAUUCCAGCAAACAGACAGAGCAAACAGAUUUGAGUAUCUGUUGAAGCAAACAGAAUUGUUUGCUCAUUUCAUUCAGCCUGCUGCUCAAAAGACUCCAACUUCACCCUUGAAAAUGAAACCAGGACGGCCACGAAUAAAGAAGGAUGAAAAACAAAAUCUCCUAUCAGUUGGCGAGUGAGUACUACCCAAUCUGUUGAUUAUCACUGGAAUUAUUAUCACUGGAAUUAUUUUCACAGACAAGUGUCAAUCUAGAGCAUAAAAAGUGGUGAGAUAGUUUUUUAAAAAAUUAACUCCAAUGUAUAAGCACAAUUCUAGAGAAAGCCACUUUUCUGUAAACUGUGUUUUUCUUUUAAGUUUAUUCCACAGUGUAGACAACUUCCUAAAAACAAAGUCAAUAUUUAUUAGCAUCACAUGACUGGGGAAAUAAUCUUUUAAAUACAGGUAUACAUAUAUCAGGAUAUUUAGGUAUUGCAGGGGUUUACAGAUAUUGCCUGGCUUGUAGCCAGCUCAAAAUUGAUGGCUACCAGAUACUGCCUGUGAGAGGAGCAGGCUGUUGUUCCUGACCUUGUGCUUGCGACUCCACAAGUUCUGGGACAGUCUCCUGCUUCUCUUUUAAGUUUGGGAUUGGAGAAGGGAAUGAGAGCUCACUUCUGCAACCUGUCAUUUACUAUCAUUUUCCUCUCCAGUUGGGACAUGGAAGUGGAAAGAGUGGCAAGGUCUUCCUUGUACUUGUGUUAUGCUUCUCGGGCAAUAUGCUUCUUUGAGUGUUUUGGUAUACAUGGUAGUUGCUGCAUACUUAGACUGAUGCAUUGUUUUUAGCUACCGCCAUCGCAGAACUGAACAGGAAGAGGAUGAGGAGCUGUUAACAGAAAGCUCAAAGACCACUAAUGUCUGCACCCGCUUUGAAGACUCUCCAUCAUGUAUGUAGUGGCUUUUGCUGUUUGUGGUACAAUAUCAAUUACUUACCUUAUUUUUCCAUCUAUAAGAUGCCCCCAUGUAUAAGACACUCCCUGUUUUGAGGGACUCAGAUUUAAGAAAAUGAAGGGAGAUGACCCAGAGUAUAAAACGCCCCCUAAUUUUUGACAUUUUUUAAAGGGGAAAAACCUAGUCUUAUACACGGAAAAAUAUGGUAUUUUAAAACUAAAAUAGAGAAUGUUUUCUGCCAAAUUUUACAGAAACCCUUACAUUUGCCAAAUAUCGACCAACCAAAAGUAAUUGCAGGUAAUAAAAAUGUAGUGAUCUGUUUGGGCAGUGUGUACAUAGUCUGUUUGGAUCCUUUAUAAUACAUGGUUUAUUCCCCUGGUGUGUUUCAUGUUCAUUGCCAAGAGGAAUUUGCUGUCAUUACAGUGCACCAGCUAAACUGUGUGUUUGUUUUUUUAAAAAGUAGACAAUCGAGAUAGCUUUCUCGCUCAUCUGUGUUGAUUGGCUUACCUGUGGAAGUAUUGUGCUAUGGCUAACAAGAUGUUAGGACAUUUGACCAAAACUUGAAGUUCGGCAAAUCUGCAGGUAGAACUGAGAGAAACACUUCUGGGUACCCUAGUUGCUGUUGCAGCUGAGGCGUCUCUGGUCCUGGUGUCCCCAAGGACUUGCAUUGCAUGCUCACUGUUAGGAUAUAUACUAAAAUAUUCUUAUAUCAUCUGGUGUGUUUUUCUUCAUCAUUGGAAGUAUUAUUAAUGGUGACUUUAACUAUUUUAUACCGUAUACUGUUUUUGUUGCAGAUGUAAAAUGGGGGAAACUGCGUGAUUAUCAAGUCCGAGGGUUGAAUUGGCUCAUUUCUUUGUAUGAAAAUGGCAUCAAUGGUAUCUUAGCAGAUGAAAUGGUAUGUGCAACAACUGAUUUUGUCUGAGAUUAUCAAAUUUAAAUUAGAUGUAAUCAUACUAAACUGAAAUAGUUACUACAUUCUUUUUGUCAGAGUCUUUGUACUACAUUGUGGCUAAAUCUGACAUUGGUUUAAACUAGAUGCAUAACGGCAAAUGCAACAGUUCACUUUACAGUACAUAAUGACGUUCAUAUGCUGAUUUGCCUCAGUAAAAUCCAACUAGAGAAUAUCUUUAUUGUUCUGUGGAACAAUGUAGGCUCUCAAGUUGCUGCUUUUCUGGUUAAGAGUGUUUCACAUUUAGAAAGGCCAAUAUUCUGAGAUUGUAGGAAGAUGUUUCCAUCUGUUGGAUAAUUAGCAUUCAAGAAGCUUGAGAAACUGGCAUCAACAUGUCCUCACUGCUUAUUGUUCCUACUUCUGGCAAGCAGCUGAAAGUUGCUUCUGGACUAAGUUGCUUCCAGAUUCAGUUUAAGUGAUAUAGCUUCUAAGGCAUGUGACAGGUUAUAUUGAGAAAUGCAGCAUGUAGUUGGAGAAGAUGAUUAAGAAAAAUGUGCACCUGAUAAUUUGGAUAAUGGACAAAUCCUGUCUAGCAGAGCUGAAAGAGAAAUUAAACAUGCCUUUGCACUGAUUGAAAGUUUUGCAAGCAGACAGCUUCAAAAAUGUGUUUUUUAGGGAAUUAGCUGUGUUUGUCUUCUUUAUACAUGUUCUGUCUUGAGUAGAGGACAUUUUUGUUGUUCGUUGUGUCUUUUUGGCUAGUAAGAAUAUUUAACUCAUAGACAUAUAACUCAUAGAAUUGGAAGGGAUCCUGAGGGUAAUCUAGUCUAACCCCCUACCUAUGUAUAUAUUAGUUUUUUUAUCUUGGUGACUGGAAACUUCUCAAGUUAACUUGAUACAUGUUCUGUUAAUAGGGUCUGGGAAAGACACUGCAAACAAUUUCUCUCCUUGGGUAUAUGAAACACUACAGAAAUAUUCCUGGUCCUCAUAUGGUAUUAGUUCCCAAAUCAACUUUACAUAAUUGGAUGAGUGAGUUUAAGAGAUGGGUGCCAACUCUUCGGGCAGUAUGUCUGAUAGGUGACAAAGACCAGCGAGUGAGUAUGAACCACCUCGGUGUUUCCCUAAAAUUUUCUGGUGUAGUUAGCACAUAAUGCUAAACCAAUAUUUAGUACCAUGUGGAUUACCUUGAGUGAAAUAUGCUUUUGUGCUCCUCCCAUUUCUCAUUUUAUGUUCCCAAGAGAAGGACUUUUGCUAAGUUUAGUUUCACUUUCAAAGCAUCUUUGUUUAGCAGAAUAUACAAACCAGGGCUCUUAGUUUAAAACAAACAACAGCUAAGCUAGGCAACAAACUGUGUUAUAAACAUAUUUCCAGAGACUGUGAUUCAGGUUCUUGGAUUCUAAUGCACCAGCUUUCUUUUAAGUUCUGAUGUGGAACUUAAUCAGGAAAGAUCCCACCCAGAACCCCAUAUUCUCCGCAUCCCACAGGCUUUAAUUCUAUAUCACCAUGAAUUUGCAGAACAUUUUAAGAUGAUCUAGAGUAGGGUGGUCCAACUUACGGCCCACAGGCUACAUUUCACGCAUGGGGACUUUGGCAACAUUCAAUAAAAAUCAUCUUAAAGCCUUAAAAAAAAGUUUCUGUGUCAUGCAUUGUUAAUGAAAGUGCAUACAUUAUCAGUUGUGUAUAUUAUAAUAAAUACAUUACAAACACUUUUAAUUUAUGAUUUGGAAAUUUAAUUCUGUGUGUAGCCUGCAGGUUCUGUGUUGACGUACUCUUGCAGCCCACUUGGUAUGGAAAGUUGGACUGCCCUGGUCUAGAGAAAUACUUUUAAGAACCAGCAUCAAACCUGAGGUGACCAAGGUACUUUGUGAAAUAUGUGAAAUAAUAGUUGUAUUUUUACAGUUUUUCAAAUCAUUUUCCUCCCUCUUCUUAAUAGGCUGCAUUUGUGCGAGAUGUAUUGUUGCCUGGUGAAUGGGAUGUCUGUGUAACAUCAUAUGAAAUGCUCAUUAAAGAGAAAUCGGUGUUCAAAAAAUUUAACUGGAGAUACCUUGUUAUUGAUGAAGCUCACAGGAUCAAAAAUGAAAAAUCAAAGGUAUUUUGAAACACCCAGUGGAUGUAAAUAUUUAAAUCAUGCAAAAAAUAUUUCUGCAAGUUUAAAAUAUAUAUAUGUAUUUUUCUUUCAGUUGUCAGAAAUUGUGAGAGAGUUCAAGACUACAAAUAGACUACUGUUAACUGGAACACCAUUACAGAACAACUUGCAUGAACUUUGGGCACUUCUUAACUUUUUACUGCCAGACGUCUUUAAUUCAGCUGAUGUAAGGGUUUGCAACUUUUAAAAUUCACUUUAAUCUUGCCUAUCAAAUACUGUUGAUUACUUAUAUUUGGUGUGCACAUUCAUGAGAGAUCUCUUAUAAUACUUGGUGGUUUGCGUAUAUAGCAACCUUCCCCAACCCACUGACUGUGACUUAGGGGACUUUGUAGUUCAAAAUGUCUGGAGGGCAGCAGGUUGGGGGAAGGUGGUGUAGGUGAAAUUUUGUUAGCCACAAAACUUCUCAAAUGUAUUUAUAAUUGUCAGAGUAAUGGCAAUAGGCAUCCUUAGUAUUCCAUGAAGCAAACUUUAUCAUCUUGCCUGGAUGUAAACCCCAUUGAACUCCUUGGGACUAUUCAGAAAUAUAAGAUUACUUUUCCUGGAAGAUUAUAGUUGAUAAAACAAAAGAAAGAAUUAGUGAAAGCAUAUUUAGCUAGAAUUUUUUUUUAAAAAAAAUACAUUCUAUGCUAUGUAAAUAAUUUGAAAAAGUGGGAAGACUUUCUAUUUGAGAAAAUAACUUUUAUGUAUUUAUGCUAAUGAACAAACCAAUUCAGGUCUCUAGAAUCUUCAAAUGCACAUAAGGCAGAAAUAAUCCCUUACUGAUGCUGAUUGGGCUACCUUGUAUUUGGACAUGGAAAUUGACUUAUCUGGCUAGUGGCAGGUGUAAUUUUGACUUUUUACAAAACUAUGGUUUGCAAAUAGGAGCCUUGUGAACAUUACUUUCCAGUGUAACUUUUCCUCCUCCCAAUGCAAUCUUGACUUUGGUUCUGUUUUUGCAUUAUAUGUGAACCAAUUGUCAACUGUGAAACAGGCAUAAAGUAGGUUUGCAAAGCAUUGCUGGGCAGGAAGUUGGAUUGUAUUAUCCAUUGCUUGUGUCAGUGCAUGUGUUAUGUGAAGUCAUGGUUAGUGCAAGAAAGGUAGGAGUUGUGAGUUAAUGAGUGCCUAGCACCUAAUUUUCAAAUAUUUAUCUGAAGGGAAUCUGCAGCAUAUUCUGUCUCUUAAUUCAUCGGAAACAGAGCCAGAACAUUCUUACAACUUCGCAAGGAAAGCUUGAACUAUAAGCGUUAUGUAUGCUUCCUGAAAACUUGGAUUUAGCCUUUGCAGAACUACAUAACAACAAUAAAUACCAAUUUUUGUUCUUAGACAAAUAAUGGGUUAUCUUAUUCUGAAAUGUGACUGAUUAUAACUUUUUAAUACUUCAAUACAGGAUUUUGAUUCAUGGUUUGAUACAAACAACUGUCUUGGGGAUCAAAAACUAGUGGAACGGCUCCAUAUGGUGAGAUUUUAAUUAUACUAUCAGUUAGUUUAAUCCAUUGAACUUCACAGGAAUGUUUCUACUCUUCUAUGUAGCACAAUCAACUUUCUAUAUGCAUUGUAUUUGGGAGGUGAAUAAUUUUCUGCUUGCGAGCUUCAGUUGAUAUGUUACAAAAAUUAAUGCAUAGUAGAUAAUGGGGCUAAUAAGAGAUUGGGUUCAAUUGCCACUUAAUAUAGUUGGGAAGCCUCUGAUACAAAGUAUGGCAAUCUUUUUGAAUCUUACAUAUGUAUGGAAUGCCUACAGCAUGUACAGACUGCCAUAUUGAAAGGGGGUGGAAAGCAAUAUAGUUCUGAAGUAUCUGUAAUAUGAAUAAGUCUUUCAUGUGUAGUGCUGCAAUUUGAAGUCAUGUGCUGCUUUUUGUGUUUUUGGUAGGUGCUACGACCAUUUCUCUUACGUCGUAUUAAAGCUGAAGUAGAGAAAAGUUUGCCUCCAAAAAAGGAAGUUAAAAUAUAUGUAGGUCUCAGCAAAAUGCAGAGAGAAUGGUAAGUAAUUGAAAUUAAUAUAUAAAUGAACGAAAUCUUUCAUCUUGCUGGUUGUGUAUGAAAACUGUUUGUGUGACAUGAUCCUCAGUUGCCUUACUCUUUCAAUACAGGUACACAAGAAUCUUAAUGAAGGACAUUGAUAUAUUGAAUUCUGCUGGAAAACUGGACAAAAUGAGAUUACUGAACAUUCUUAUGCAGUUGCGAAAAUGUUGUAAUCAUCCAUACCUGUUUGAUGGAGCAGAGCCUGGCCCACCUUACACAACAGAUAUGCAUUUGGUUACUAACAGUGGCAAAAUGGUUGUCUUGGACAAACUGUUGCCAAAAUUGAAAGAACAAGGUAACAUGUUUAUCUUACUGGUAAAUGCAGGUGGGAAACUGCCUCUUUUCUUAUUUGAUAAGGGAGUAUUUGCCCAGUUUGGGCUUUUUAUAGUGCCUUGUAGUUAUAAAUUAAUGAUCUUCAGUCUUUACUACUAAAUGGAACAAGAUUGGUGUAUUGAGAUCCUAGACAGUACUAUACACAACUUGUAGGGUCUGCCUGUUAGUGAAAUCUUGGAAUAUUAAGCUAUAUUAUAGCAGUGAGACUAUUCCUGAAGAAGCCCUUUUUGUACCCUGAACAUUAUUCAAACAAGUGAUUAGUUGCAAAUAUUCCUUUAGGUGCAAGGUGCUGGAGUUAACCCUUUCUGGCAGCCCUUCUUCCUGGAGAACUUGUGUACAAUAUUUCAAAAUCAUAGAACCUGUUCAAAUAUUUGCCUGUUGGGUGUGGACCAGGGAUGCACCUGUCAGUCAUAUGAUGUCACCUCUGCAAACACAGCUGAUCUAAACUGAUUUCAUAGUUGCUUUAUGCAUAAAAAUAGUAUGUGAUUGUGUAAUUAAUGUUUUUAGUUAUGUAUUUGAUGUACACUUCUGGAUUGCCAUAAACUUUGCAGUUGUGCAGUUGUUUCUUAAAAUUCUUGAGUGAUCACUAAUUGGUUUGAGAGUGUGGUUUACUUUGAACUAUCUUCUAAAAUCUUGAACAGAUUCGCGCGUCCUAAUCUUCAGUCAGAUGACCAGAGUCCUAGAUAUCUUAGAAGAUUAUUGCAUGUGGCGAAACUAUGAAUAUUGUAGGCUUGAUGGGCAGACGCCUCAUGAUGAGAGACAAGUAGGUGCUCAGAAGAAUUAAGCUUAAUAUUUUUUCUCUUUGAAAAUUUAUGAACCAAUAUUGAUGUACUGACUGACUCUUUUUUAUAUAGGCCUCCAUUAAUGCGUACAAUGAACCUGGAAGCUCAAAGUUUGUGUUCAUGCUGAGCACACGAGCUGGUGGUUUGGGAAUCAAUCUGGCUACAGCUGAUGUUGUAAUCAUUUAUGAUUCAGACUGGAAUCCUCAAGUAGAUCUACAAGCUAUGGUAAGGUUCAUAAGAGUAGCUUAGAAAUCAUGAACUUGACUCUCACUUCUGCUUUGUUUUUGAACACAUUUUCAUGCUAUACACGUUGACUCUGCAAGAGCCUAUUUUAAAAUUGUACUAUCUACUGUUGAUCCAGUUUCAGUGUUCUUGUAUUAAUUUACAAAGCCUUGAACAACUUAGGUCCAGGGUAACUCGGGGAUUCCCUGAACACUUACAUCCCAGCUCAGACACUGAGAUCAUCUGCAGGAGCAUUGUUCCCCAAGUUGGCAAUAGCUGACUUGAGGUCUAACAUUUUAUAUUGUUUUAAUUGUAUGGGUUAUGUUCAGUUUUUGUAAAUUGCUUCAUUUUUUUUAAUGAAUUGCAGUGUACAAGUACUUUUAUAAAUAAAAGAAAGUUUUUCUCAGUGUUAUCAUUUUUGAUCAAGUUGUUCAAGAUGUUGGCUUCUACAUUCAUAUGAAUAAAUUUUAAGUUAUGCAGAGUUGCAUGAAUAUAGUUCAAUAUAAUGCCUAGUGCUUUAUUGUGGAUAACUUAAAUACUGAGUUCUUUUCUUUGUAGGAUCGAGCACAUAGAAUUGGUCAAACAAAGACUGUUAGAGUAUUCAGGUUUAUUACAGACAACACUGUAGAAGAAAGAAUAGUGGAAAGAGCGGAAAUGAAACUUCGCUUGGAUUCCAUAGUUAUUCAACAAGGUAAAUAGAACUUGGCUUUUCUUUCAACAAGUGUGCACAGUGAUAUUGGUUGAUAUUGGGUGUUUUUAGUAAGUUAAGAAGCUGUUUUAUGAUGCACAUUUUGUAGUAGUGUGUGGACAUAACAUAAGAAAAGCCCUACUGGAUCAGACCAAAGGGCCCUUUAGCUCAGCAUUAUUUUCCAAAGUUGCCAAUUAGAUGCCUAUUGGAGCCUCAUGGCAUUGGUGCAAUGUCUCUCCUGCUCUGUUUCCUGGCAACUGGUAUUCAGGAUACACUACAUUACAUACUGAAGCUAAAAUAUAACCUUCAUUACUAGUAGAAAUUGAUAGCUAUUUCUUCCAUGAAUUUAUCUAAUCCCCUUUUGAAGCUGCCCACAUUUUAGCAAGAAAUGCUGCAGUUUUAAACUAUGCACUGUGUGAAGAAUUACUUUUGACUUUUUUAAAUCCAGAAAAAAGGAAAAAUGUUUACGUAAUCUUAGGGAGAUGUAUAACUUCCAUGGGCUAAAUCAGUACUAUUAAAUAACUUUUAUUUACAUAGAGAAUAUAUUGUUUUAGUGACCAAUAUUAUUUCAGUUGCACAAAAACCAGGAAGUCUACAAAAAUACCUUUACUGAAAGUGGUUUCAGAAAGUAUGGUCUGUAAUUAUUAUGAAGCCGUUAUCAGACAUUACAUGUUACCAGGCAGAAAGAAAGAGAUCCAAGUGUUUAAAUAUUACUUGUUUUCUAUAGGUUAUAGUGAAGUUCACCUGUUGUCUCAAGUAUUGUGUAUUGUUUCAGAAAAUCUCUUUUUUCUAUGAAAAAAUAAUGUAAACUGCACUGUAUAGGCAAAAGUAGAGUGUUUAAAGAUUGAGUACACUGAUACUAAUUUAAUCAAAAGUGUUUGCUUAGCAUUGUUGGGAAUACAAUAGAAAUGACAUUUCAAAUAAUAGCACUGCUUCUAUGACUGACCAGAUUUCAAAAAAGAAAAUUAAAAACAUUCUUAUGACAGCAUAUUUCAAAGUACUUGACUCUUAGUGUUACAUUCUGUUUCUUAACAACAUUUUUCAUAUUCAGGAAGACUAGUGGAUCAAAAUCUGAACAAACUGGGGAAAGAUGAAAUGUUGCAGAUGAUUAGGCAUGGAGCUACCCAUGUCUUUGCUUCUAAGGAGAGUGAAAUUACAGAUGAAGAUAUUGAUGGUAUUUUGGAAAGAGGGGCAAAGAAAGUAAGUUAACAUGUUAUGAAAUACCAGAAUAAAAUGUGAGCUUUUUUCCCAGGUCAAAUUUUGAAUACCACUAACGAUGCUUUGUCUUGACUGCAUGCAAUUCUCAUUUGGUUAUUGAGCAUUAAGUUUUCUUGAAAAAAUGGUUCUUGUAUUUUUAGACUGCAGAAAUGAAUGAGAAACUCUCCAACAUGGGCGAAAGCUCACUCAGAAAUUUUACGGUGGAUACAGAGUCAAGUGUCUAUAACUUUGAAGGAGAAGAUUAUAGAGAGAAGCAAAAGGUAAUGAGGGGCUUUUAGUGACCAGAAUUUCACGCAGUGUUGUUGGGAUCUGUAGACUGGUUAAUAUUUCAUUAUCCAACAAUAUUGCUUAUUGCAGAUGGCAUUCACAGAGUGGAUUGAACCACCUAAGCGUGAGAGAAAAGCAAACUAUGCUGUUGAUGCUUAUUUCAGGGAAGCUCUUCGUGUCAGUGAACCAAAAGCACCAAAAGUAAGCUAAUUAAUAAACCAGAACAUAAAUAGAAAAAAAGCUAGCUUAUUUGCUAUGGGGAGGGUGGGGUGGAAUCAGUUUGUUAAAGCCUUUAUUUUCCAAAAUACCCAUUUUGUGUAAAAUUAAGCAUACUACACAAGUCUACUACUCUUGACAGACUGCCAUAGAAGGUUCUAUUAUUUGAGAAACAUUUAUUCUGCUGCUGUUUCCUUUGGCAUGAUUUGUAGUUUGUAUCUUGUGUAGUUCUUGUUCUGGGGAGGUUGUAGUUGCUAAUAUUUGCCUACUGUAUUAGUGGGCCUGAUGGUGUAAUAGCCUUGAUUUCUUUUCUUUGAUUUGUGUGUCUCUUUUUUUAAGGCGCCACGCCCUCCAAAACAGCCUAAUGUUCAGGAUUUCCAGUUCUUUCCACCACGUUUGUUUGAACUGUUGGAAAAAGAGAUUCUUUAUUACAGAAAAACCAUUGGGUACAAGGUAAAUUAUAACCAAUGUUUUGUUUUUCAUUUUCAUUUAAAUAAAUUUAUAUUUUGUUUUGAUGCUAUAUAAUUUGCCACUGGUUUAUCUUAUUUUAAUCUUAGCAAAGUCAAAUAAUUUUUCAUAUAGAAAGCUUAGUUUAAGUAUUUGGUGAUGUCUGGUAAAUUUUAGGUACCUCGUAAUCCUGACUUACCCAAUGCAUCCCAGGCACAAAAGGAAGAGCAAAUUAAAAUUGAUGAAGCUGAGCCCCUUAAUGAAGAAGAGUUGGAAGAAAAAGAAAAGUUACUAACCCAGGUAUGGUCAUCCUUCUAUGACAUAAUCUGGCUAAGUGCAUUUCAUUUCAUUUCUGUUAAUACUACAAAGAGAAAACUGAUUUGUUUUCUUCUUUAAAACUUGUUUUUGAGAAGCACUCAAAGUACUGUUUUUUUUCUUUUGUAAACCACUUUGAUGGUUUUUUUUACAAUCAAGUGGUGUAUAUGUUUUAAUAAAUAAUAAUAAAACCCACUGUCCCCAUAAAGGGUUCUUGGUGCCUUCUGUUUUUGAUGCUAGACAGGUUUAGUUUUUGUUUUCUCCUUCAGAUUUUAAUCUCUGAUUAAACUGUUUUCACGUGUUCUCCUGAUGCUGUUCUUAGUUCUUACCUUGUAGUAAACUACCCUGGAAUUGUUUUACAUUAAAAGAUGGUAGGAUACAAAUUUACAUGAUAAAUAAAGCUUAAUCUGGGUCACUUAGAGAGAACACUGUUUUCAAAGUUUUAACUCCCUUAAGUUAGCUAGAAAGUUCUCAAGGCAGCUGAUGACCCAAUUAAGCUAUGUCUUUGAAAGAAACAUGAAAAUCCUAAAUACCUAUCUUGCUAUUUUUUAAGGGGUUCACAAAUUGGAAUAAGAGAGACUUCAAUCAGUUCAUCAAAGCUAAUGAAAAAUGGGGUCGUGAUGACAUUGAAAAUAUAGCCCGGGAAGUAGAAGGAAAAACUCCAGAGGAAGUCAUUGAAUAUUCUGGUAACUUAUGUUUUCUUGUGAGAAGUUCUGUGAAUGAUUUUAUGUCUGAAUAGACAUGCAUGUGUAUACAUGUCUAGCUCCACUGAGUUCAAUGGAGCUUACUCCUAGGCAAGUGAGUACUUUUGAUAUCACUUUUGAGUUUUUUGGGAAGUUUUUUCUAUGAAAUCUUAAAAACAACUGAGUCAGCCAUAAAAUCUGUUUUGAGAUUUAUGCAGUGUAAAAUGGAUUAAAAUGCCAGUUUUCUACCAACAGGAUAUUUUAAAGUGAAUAUUUGCCUAAAUAAAGGGCAUGGGAAAUAAUAGCUGGUUGGCUUUCCCCAUUUGGCCUGCAAAGCUGCUACUGGCAAGCCAGUGUCCUGCCCUACCUACACCUGACAUUAUUUAUAGUGUUUGUGGUGAAGGUGAAUGUGGGGCUUUCUCAAAAAGGCCAGUUGACAGUGCCUGCAAAGCCCCUUUCAAAGUACUUCAUAAGUGCCUGAUAACUGGUUGCCAGGUGCUUAGGAUGCACUGUGCCAAGGAGCUUUGCAAGCUCUGUGCUCUGUGCUUCUCAAGCACAAGGAUUGCCAAGCUUGCUCUUUUCUGUGUGCAGCACUUCCCAAACACCUGGCAGUCAGCAGAGGAAGACAUUUGAUCUGGCCUGCCAGGCCAAAAGGAUUAACCUCCCCAGACAUUGUGAUAUAUCGCACAUUGCACUAUUUAGCUUUUGAAAACCAGGUAUCACCCAGCCGUAUUCUCUAGCUGCCUCUUCUGCAUCCAGUUACUCUCACAAAGGCUGCUGGCUGUUUUUCUCUGCUCCCUUCCAUCUUUUCCCUGCAUGCAUCAUUAUUUUAUUCCCCUGUGUGUGUGCCGUUUUUGCAUCAUGUUUUUUAAAAAAUUGGUAUUGCACAUAAAGCUGCAACACAUACAUUAUAUAAGCAUAAAAUGAAAGUUCCUUGCACCACAGUUUCUUUCAAGGAGCUCAAGGUGGUGAGCAUGGUUCCUCCCCCCAUCCUCCCUGUCUCAUCCUCCCAACAACCCUGUGAGGUAGGCUACGCUGAGAGAUGUUGACUGGCCCAAGGUCACCUAUUGAGCUUCAUCGCUGAGUGAGGAUUUGAACUCAUUUUACCAGGUCAUAGUCCAACACUAAUUGUUACAUCAUACUAGCUCUGACUUGUUUACAUAUCAGUAGCUAUAAAUUCAUAUUUAUUUAACCUAAUUAAGAUUAUGAAACUAAUGAACUUUUCAUAAGAUGUAACUAGCAAAUAAUCCCCCCCCCCAGCUGUUUUCUGGGAACGAUGUAAUGAACUCCAGGAUAUAGAAAAGAUAAUGGCACAGAUUGAAAGAGGUGAAGCUCGAAUUCAAAGGCGGAUCAGUAUUAAAAAGGCACUUGACACAAAGGUAAUCAUAUAUUCUUUCUUUUUAAUUACACUGGCAUUUCAGCGUAAUGAUAUAUUAUACUACUUAAUUUCAUUUAAAUGUUGUCUUUCCUAUUCUCUUCAAGUUACUUUUUCCAUAUUUCAGAAGUUAAGCUUGACAUGUCUUAAGUCUUGAAACCGUGAAGUGCUCUUGGUGUUUCAGAUUUAAUUCUCUAUUACUGUCUGAAUAGUUUACUCCUCUUCGAAUUUGAAAACAGUCUAUUAUCCACAAUUGGAAAGAAAAUAUAGCCCAUUAAAAAGUGGGUUGAGUUAUACAGGCUGAUUUUCUACAAAUGAUGCUUUCAGUGUUGCUAGAAAAGUAUAGUUAUCCAUAACAUAAAUCAUGUUUCAAAGUGAUAUGGAGCUGUGGGUCAUGUCUCUAUCCUGCACAACACUGAUGCAUAUCUAGUUCUGUGCAUUAAAUUGUUUUUGCUUAGAUUGGCAGGUACAAAGCACCUUUUCACCAGCUGAGGAUAUCAUAUGGCACUAACAAAGGAAAAAAUUAUACAGAAGAGGAAGAUCGCUUUUUAAUCUGCAUGCUUCACAAGCUAGGAUUUGACAAAGAAAAUGUUUAUGAUGAGUUGAGGCAAUGUAUUCGCAACUCUCCCCAAUUCAGAUUUGAUUGGUUUCUCAAGUCUAGAACUGCAAUGGUACGUAUUGGUUUGAAUGUAUCAAUGUCUUCUGAAGGGAACCUCUUCAGAAACUGUUUCAGAGAACUAGAGCUGUUGUCUUCCACACUGGAACCUGCUUUGGAGUUAGCAGCCAUAGGCCAAAAUGAACAAACUGUUUCAACUAGGGCCUUGUCUCCUGUGUACUUACAGUGUUUGCCCCUAUUUUUGGCAAGUUUACCGUGAGGGUCUUUUGUAGGCUCACUCUAAAAAUAUGCACACUGAUGAAGUAAGCUUACGUGGCUAUAAGUCAAGGUGUCACAUGUCUACUUAAAAUAUGUAUACGCUAACCUCACUAAUGCUGUAUUCAGCAAUGUGGUUAUUUAUUAAAGUCCAGGGGUGUUGUUGGUUGAGGGACUUACAUGGGCCCCUUCCUAUCUCUUUUCUUCCCAUCCCCCAAACUGGGAAGCUUCUUAGUCCUCUGUAUAUGAUAGGCACCACUUGCAGAAAUCAAACCUAUGACUUGAUUUUUCAGAAAUGAUAUAUACACCCUCCUUGUUAAGAGUUCACUUAAUGCCCACAGCACUGUGCUAGUGGGCUCUACUUUGAUCAUAUUCAUUCUUUCCUCUACUAAUGUAAUGUUGGCUUUUUCAAGCUGCCCUUUUCUUCAGCACAGAUUGAUUCAGAGACUACUGGGAAUAGGAUGUAGUAGUUGUGUGAACGUUUUGUGUGUUGUGGCUACUGUCUGUUUCCUUGUUCAUAACUCAGGAGCUGCAAAGACGAUGCAACACUUUAAUCACUUUGAUUGAAAGAGAAAACAUGGAAUUAGAAGAAAAAGAGAAGGCAGAGAAGAAAAAACGGGGCCCAAAGCCAUCUUUGGUGAGUGUAAAAUAUGAAUUUGUUACAAGUGAUUUAUGUGAUGAGAACCUGUUGAUUUUGGCACAUAAUUUGAAAACAUUCGCUUUCUGUAUCUGAAUCCUUGACCAAAUCAUCCCCCGAAGGAACAUGUGUACUCUGGCCUCUGUAGCUGCUUCCAAAGGCUGGCUCUGGGGGUUUGUGCCACUGGAAUUUUGACUUUCUUUUUAACAGACUCUCUAUGCCAUUUCAAAAGGUGCUUUCAAACUCCUCUGAUCAAAAGUACUCUUCUGCUUAUUCAGUGUAGUUCUGUGGUCCUUUGGAUCAUGGCCAAUUAACUUAUGACUAAUGGCUAAAAUCUAAUCUUUCUCUCACUCCCUAUCCAGGUGCAGAAACGUAAGCUGGAUGGUACUCCUGAUGGUAGAGGGAGGAAAAAGAAGUUAAAGCUGUGAAUUCUAAGUUCUUAUCACUAACUUUAAAGUAGUUCUUUAAUUUUACGGGUCUUCAUAAGAUGUACUGUACAAUUCUCAACUAUUAUGUCAUUAAAGGACAUUGGGUUCAUGUGUUUACUUACUGAACUAGAAGAAUAGUAAUGUAGUUUCACUUUUUUAAAUAAAACAGCUGUGCUGAACUUUUUUUUACCAUUAACACUUGAAAUAAAAAAUAGGCUUCAUUUACUGGUCACUAACUUUU